GGCGCCCCUGUGGGGGUGUGUGCAGGGGUUUCUAGACCCCGCACCAAUACCCCAACCCCUUUCCAUCAGGGGUUCGGCUUAGGGUCGCCCCUGGUGGGCGGCUCUCGAAUCUUGAGGAGGAGCUCGAGAGCCCGGACCCCCCCAGGGCUGCGCAGGUCCUCUGGGGAGGCAGGAAGAUGGCGGCAUCGGUCUCCGCGACUUCUGGUUCUCAGAUCUCGAACAUCUUAGUCGAACCCUCAAGGUCUAAUGGAAGUAUGGUUCGCCAUUCCUCAUCUCCAUAUGUAGUAUAUCCACCUGAUAAGCCUUUCCUUAAUAGUGAUCUACGACGCUCCCCAAAUAAGCCUACAUUUGCCUAUCCGGAAAGUAACAGCAGAGCUAUAUUUUCUGCUCUGAAGAAUCUUCAAGAUAAGAUUCGACGCUUAGAACUUGAAAGGAUUCAGGCAGAAGAAAGUGUGAAAACCUUGUCUAGAGAAACAAUUGAAUAUAAGAAAGUAUUGGAUGAACAGAUACAAGAAAGAGAGAAUUCAAAGAAUGAGGAGUCAAAGCACAAUCAAGAACUGACCUCUCAGUUGUUAGCUGCAGAAAGUAAGUGUAAUCUUUUAGAAAAACAGUUGGAAUACAUGCGCAAUAUGAUAAAGCAUGCAGAAAUGGAAAGGACAUCUGUCUUAGAAAAACAGGUUUCCCUCGAAAGAGAACGACAACAUGAUCAAACACAUGUGCAGAGCCAGCUUGAAAAGUUGGAUCUUCUGGAACAGGAGUAUAACAAACUUACCACAAUGCAGGCUCUGGCAGAAAAAAAAAUGCAAGAGUUGGAAGCAAAACUCCAUGAAGAAGAACAGGAAAGGAAACGUAUGCAAGCUAAGGCAGCCCAGUUGCAGACUGGUCUAGAAACAAAUAGAAUUAUCUUUGAAGAUAAGACAACUCCAUGUGUUCCCAAUGCAAGAAGAGUUAAAAAAAAGAAGUCAAAACCACCAGAAAAGAAAGCUGGAAAGUCCACCAGUCCUAGCCAUGCUGUGGUAGCCAAUGUUCAGCAUGUCUUGCAUCUAAUGAAGCAACACAGUAAAGCCCUGUGCAAUGAUCGAGUGGUCAACAAUGUUCCUUUGACAAAGCAAGGUUCUUCACGAAGUGGUAAAAGUAAGAAGUUGUCAGUAACGCCUUCCUCCUCCAACAGCAUUAAUGAAGAGUUAUCAGAAGUCUUACAGACUUUACAAGAUGAAUUUGGGCAAAUGAGCUUUGAUCACCAGCAGCUUGCGAAACUUAUCCAAGAAUCCCCAACUGUUGAACUGAAAGACAACUUAGAGUGUGAACUAGAGGCGUUGGUGGGGAGGAUGGAGGCCAAAGCCAACCAAAUAACUAAAGUUCGAAAAUACCAAGCCCAGCUGGAGAAACAGAAGGUAGAGAAGCCGAGGAGGGACUUGCGAACCACCAGAAAGACUCUUGAUGAAGAAGGGAACAGCAGCAGUCGUUCUUCUGGAAUCACAGGGACCACAAACAAGAAGGACAUUGCCAAACCGAGACCUGGUGAAAAAAGCAGGAAAAAUCUUCAGUUAUUGAAGGACAUGCAAACCAUACAGAGUUCAUUACAAAGCAAUAGUUUAUGUUGGGAUUACUGACUGGUACCAGGUUAUAAAUUUUAUUCAGAUAAUCUGUACCUCAUCAAUCAGAUUUUGACAAUUUACUCUCCAGGUCUCAUACUCUCUUAUGUUGGAAUUAAUGAAUAGCCGGUGUUAAGGGGCCCAAGCUUCACUACACAGGCUUCUUGUGUUACGCAUCAUGACUGAAUGUUAAACCGUCUACAUGGAAACCAGGGGAGUUUAAAGGCCAGGAAGCCACAUGCUCUGCUUCUUUGAGAUGAAUUUGCUGUACUGAAAUACUGCACUUUGUAAACAAAU